AUGGCUCAUCUGAAGCUGCUUCUUCUUUUUCUGUCGCUUGGCAUCACAGCGAGCACGGGGGUAGAUUUGCACAAGAGAAUCUUUCACGACCACAGCUGUGAAAGUACUGAGCGUCUGUAUCAUGUGAAGGUAACUGCAGAAAGAGGACCAGUUUCAACUCUCUGUGGUGGCUCACUGAUCCAUCCACAGUGGGUUCUGACUGCAGCUCACUGCUGGAAAUCAGGAAGGGAUAUGUAUGCACAUUUAGGGAUUCAUCCACAUCCAAGUCAAGGACAAAAGGUGAAAGUCACAGAGAAAUUCAUCUUUCAAGACAAAAAUGGAAAUCAUGACAUCAUGCUACUGAAACUCCCUACCCUGUCUACCCCGUCUAACAUUCAGCCUGUUGCCUUACCUGACUGCUCAAAUCCUCCCAACAUAGGAGAUGUCAUUCAGGUCGCAGGCCUUGGUUGUUAUACGGUAGAUGUAAACUACAAAAAACUCCCUGAUCUACCACCUCAUCUCCAGUGUGGAAAUAUGCAUGUUGUUGACUGUGGGCCUACCAGAUACUCUAAAUGUUAUUUGGUCUUGCCAUAUGGCAACAGGAUGUGUUACAAAGAACCUCGAGUAGAUACAUGUGAGGGUGAUUCUGGUGGUGGAGUGAUCUACAAUAACAUGAUUUAUGGUGUACACAUUGGUGGUGCUGAUCCAUGUGUCUUUAAUAAACUGUCUGUUUCUUUGAAGGUGGCUUAUGACACCUGCACCAAGGAAGAUAUCAUGGAAAAGCUGGUCCUCGAGCAGUAUCUCAAAGUACUGUUCCCUGAGGUGAAGACUUGGGUAAAAGAGCACAACCCAGGAACUGCUAAGAAGGCUGCUGAACUGGUUGAUGCCUAUGUAGCUGCUCAUAAUGGCCAUGGGGUUUGCCGUUACGCUGGCCAGCUCAGACCACAAGGAGGGGUCACCCGGACCCGUCCCCCCAUCCCACUGAGGCUUGGGGGUCGAGGGGACCCCAGGCCUCCUGACUGCCCGUAG